AUGGGUGCCACUUUGUUAUCCCUGCUGGAGCCCAAAGAACCUCGCAGGACACAAAUCGAGUCUGUGGAUGCCGUUGUCGACUUCACGCCGGGCAACUUGUACGAUAUCGCAUGUGUGCCGGGCACCACGGCGCAAUGGGAUAUACUAUUUGGUCUUCUAAAUCACAAUACCCAGUCCGCCAUAAUCAGCGCCCAUUCUCAUAUUCCUUGGCAAAACUUCAAUGGAGAUAAGAAUAACGUCGAUCUUUACCGUGUUGACACUCUCACGAAGCUGAUUUGCCUGGUGCAAAACCUCGACUUUUGCCAGUAUAAACUGGUUAUUAUCGAUGAUUUUCAUUCACUGUAUCAGUUUGCGAUGACCAACCUCCGAGACAAACGCCGAAGCGAGAAGCAGCACUACAAACGAGACGCCAACGGACACAGAAAAGAUCAGCAGAGUCCCACGCGCAAACUUCAGCUGGUUAUCCAAAAUCUGCUGCUUCUCCUCAGCAACGAGUGCCAAAAACAUGAUGUAAUUGUCAUAACCACGGGCAAAAUGGUCAACAUGAGCCAGAGAUUUUUCUCAAAAUCGCAGCCCGCAUCCACACAGGAAGAAGAGGAGGAUACUUCGGUUCUGCAGCAGAUAAUGGUGCCGAUACUUCCUUUGAAUGGCCCCUGGUCGGGCCAGUAUGCUAAACGUUUGGUGCUCUAUAAAGAUUGGGUCAAAAAUGGCAGCCAGGCCGGCCUGGACAAGUCUCUGACCAUUGUGGACUACAUACAGUUGAUGGAGAAAGGCCAGAUGCGAGUGUGUCCACAAUUCCUGUGCAUAACUUCCGGUAAUGGCGAGCGGACUUUUCAAUCUGGCUGGUGGUGA